GUGUGAAUAAAGUUUCCACCUUUGACUUGACAAAGUUGCGUUAAGGAAGGAAGGAUGCGUAGAUCGGCGAGUGGCUCAAGAGUUUCUGAUCAAUCACCGUCACCGUCUCCGCCUCGAUCUCAGAGUGCAACGUUUAUGGAAGAUGAUGUGGAGCUGCUGUUGCCAAGGUACGACCCGAGUUCUCAACCGGGGAAGAGAGAGAAGUCACGGUUGAGAUCUGCAGAAAACGUCAUCCAUUUCAUUCCUCUCCUUCUUCUGCUCUGUGUUGUAAUCCUCUGGCUCUUUUCUCAUUCAGUCGCAAUACUAAACCUGUGAUGGACCUGGAAUUUGUCAGCAGCUUGAAGGAGUUAAUUUGAGUGGAAGAAGACAAUUGUUGUUAAUUGGGAAUGAAACAUCUUUUUACUGCAAGACUUCGAUGAGAUGGGGCCAGCCAGUCAAAUGAUUUUUCUGUACCCACACACAUUCAUUGUCAUAUAUCAUACGGUAUAUUGUCUGAAAUCUGAAUGAAAUUUCUAUUUGAGAUCACUAUUUAUAGUAGUCCUUGAUUUUUAUUCUUUUCCAACAAACUUUAAACAGCACUGUUAUGUAAUAAAAUGUGAAAUUUCAAGUA